AUGGCCGGCGACGACGGCAACGGCAACAGCAGCGCCGUCCGCGGCGGCGGCGGCGGGAGCGGCCAGGAGGAGGUCCAGAUAGAAAUCGCAGGAUCCUCCAAACCCGCAGUUUCCUUGGCCCAUGAAGCACCCCCACAAAGCGCUCCGGUUAAGCACUGGCAAUGGUGGUUGAUGGUGGUACUGAACAUGUUCUUCCUUGUGGCUGGUCAGACGUCGGCAACACUCUUAGGGAGAUUCUACUACAAUGAAGGUGGCAAUAGCAAAUGGUUGUCCACGUUUGUCCAGACUGCUGGUUUUCCGGUGUUGUUUGUUGCCCAAUUUCUUUUCCGUCCAAAGUCACCUUCCACACAAGCAACUACCAGUGGCCCUGAAGCUUCUAUCACCAAAAUCACUCUGAUAUACAUUGCCUUGGGACUCAUCAUUGCUGCAGACGACUUGAUGUAUUCCUACGGUCUAUUGUAUCUUCCUGUCUCAACUUACUCCCUCGUUUGUGCUAGUCAGCUGGCCUUCAACGCCGUCUUCUCAUAUUUUCUCAAUGCCCAAAAGUUCACCCCUUUGAUAUUCAACUCGGUACUACUCCUUACAUUUUCCGCUUCGCUCCUUGGAGUUGAUGAGGAUUCUCCGAGCAGUAGUGAUAUCUCUCAAGGGAAUCAUGUAUUGGGUUUUGUGUUGACACUGGGAGCAUCGGCCACAUACUCACUUAUUCUGUCUCUCAUGCAAGUUACGUUUGAAAAGGUUAUUAAGAGGGAGACCUUCUCAGUCGUGCUGAACAUGCAGAUUUAUACGGCAUUUGUGGCUACAUUGGCUUCUCUUGUUGGGUUGUUUGCAAGUGGUGAAUGGAAGACUUUGGAGGGAGAGAUGCACAUGUUCAGCCCAGGGAAGGUGUCCUAUGUAAUGACAGUGCUAUGGACAGCUAUAUCAUGGCAGAUAGCUUCUGUUGGAGUUGUGGGGUUGAUCUUUGUGGUUUCAUCACUCUUUUCAAAUGUGAUAAGCACUCUAGCUCUACCCAUCAUUCCUGUUUUCGCAGUGAUUUUCUUUCACGACAAAAUGGAUGGAAUAAAGAUUAUAGCUAUGCUGAUAGCCAUCUGGGGUUUUAUUUCAUACGGCUACCAGUUGUAUGUUGAUGACAAGAAGUCUAGGAAGACUUCAUCCAGUGUGGAGGAGAAUUCCUAA